AUGGACCAGCCGGUUGGUUUUGUUGAUCAACAGGUUCCUGGUUAUGUUUACAAGCUCUGGAAGGCGAUUUAUGGUUUAAAACAAACCCCGCGGGCUUGGUACUUGGAGCUGUCUAAGUUCCUUAUUCUGUCUGGGUUCAAGAAAUCCGUAGCUGAUUCUUCUCUUUUUAUCUACUGCUCGUAUGUUGUAAUUGUGUACUUCUUAGUGUACGUAGAAGAUAUUAUUCUGACAAGCAACAAUGAUGCGUUCAUUAGUGCGUUUGUGGGUCGCUUUGCGCGUCGAUUCGCGCUUAAAGAUUUGGGCCCGCUUCAUCACUUUUUAGGUGUUGAAGUAGUUCCUACCACCAGUGGUCUGUUUUUAUCGCAGUCUCAGUAUGUGGUUAACGUUUUGGAACAUUUUGGUAUGACGGGGGCGAAAGAGGUGUCAACACCAAUGAGUACUUCUGUGGAUUUGUGCGCUACUUCACCAGCUUUUGAUGCCACCAUGUUUCGACAAGCCAUUGGCAGGUUGCAGUACUUGGCUAUUACCAGACCAGAGAUUUCGUUUGCAGUCAACCGAUUGGCUCAAUUUAUGUCCUCACCCACUGAGCUUCAUUGGCAAUCGGUGAAACGGGUGCUUCGUUACAUAAAGGGUACAUUAUAUCAUGGACUGCAUUUUCGCAGGGGUCGGUCCCUUUCCUUGGUGACCUAUUCGGACUCAGACUAA